GAAAGCUUGUCAAUAAAUAACCAAACCGAUCUUCCCAUCCAGGGUGAACUAAAGAUCUUCUUGCCCAAUGAGAAAAUGAAACGUAUACAGGGACUGCCACAUGGAUAUUAAAGCAUGCAAAUGACCGAGAAUACGUCAGAGGUUUUAUUGUGCUACUAGUUAGUGAAACACACAAGUGGAAGUGAUCUGUUGACUAAAAACACUUUUUAUUAAGGCAGCAGGAAAGUUCCUGUGGAUUUUUUUGCCGAUAUGGGGAAGUUGGUCAAUUAUGUGACCUAUAAAGCCACACUGAGAAACAUGAGGGCUGUAAAUCUGGAACAAACUCACAAGGUAAGGUGACUUGUGACUGAGAUGCUGUCUGGGUUGUUAGGGGAAAAAAUAAAUUAGGAAUUUUGCUGCAUUUCUGAAAAAAAUAACUGUGUAAUUUCAAUAUUUGUUACAUAAAUUGGUGGGAAAUCUCCUUUUAAAUUUAAAUACUAUUUAAAUAAAAUAGAUGCCUUGAGAUGAAAUCAAGUGAAUGGUUUAAUUUGAAUAAGACCGUUUUCUUCAGAAAAUUUGUUUUUGUUUUUUUGUACUCUGAAUUUUUUCCCGUUCUUUUAUUUUUGUCACCCAGAUGAAUUUGUUUGUCUUCUGCGUCUUCUGUCCGUUCCUACGAGUAAGCUGUUCGAAUCCUCUGAGCCACUGGACUCUGCUGCCCAACGGUGCAUUUCAUCUCCAUCUAAACAUCUUUUCAGGCAUAUUUUGUUCCCAAUCUUUUACUAUUCUGUGUAUUUGUCCCAUGGUAGUCCUGGUUCUGGAAGUGGAUGGCACGUGGGGUGACCACCAAUUGAGUUGUCUGGCAGAAGAUUCUCUACACAGAGACAACCAGACUCGAGAUAUUGUUUGGAGGAAAAAUGGCGAAGAGGAAGCACAUGGCAAUUCAUACCAGGUGCGGUUGGUGGAAAGUUUGGGGGGGGGGGGGGGGGGGGGUAACUACACCUGCCACAGCAAGGAUUGGUCAGUCCUAAAUCACACGGAGGUCUUGAUCAUGCAGCACCAAACCAAUAGAAGGAGGAUUCUUGAAAAACCCGAGCAGGAAGACUAUUUAAAAUGCUCCGCUCAGAACUACAGUGGAGAGUUCCAUUGCUCCUGGACGUGGCACACCAGUCGUGUCGGCAAAGUAGCCUUCAUCAAAGCUCGACAGUAAGACGUCACUCUGUGCUCCGUGGAUGCCAGCACCCAACAGUGGAUGUGCUCCUCAGCUCACGGGAACUUUACCUGCUCCGUGGACAAGAGCGGGAACAGCAUUUCCUGCCAGGACAUGCAGCACUGUCCAUUUGCUGAGGAGAGCCAGCAGAUCCACGUCACCGUCUACGUGAAGACCAGCCAGUUUCUGUUGGAGAGCUAUUCCAAACUCUUUUUUCUAUCAGAGAUUGGUGAGACAUCCUCAGGGAAAAUAUCUUUUCAAUUGAAACCCGACAAGGUGAGAAUUUGGAAAGUCAACACAACAGUGGUGGAGUGGAGUUACCCGAGCUCCUGGAACACUCCCUACUCCUACUUCCCUCUCACGUUCCAGACUUUCCAGGUCAGGGGAAAAUGCAGGGAAUGUGAAAACCCAUGCAAAGGUUCUAAACGGUCCAAGGUAAGAAGGAAAUUGUGUAACAAAAUAUUAAUCACAUCACUAUUUUAUCACAGCAUAACCAUUUCAACUAUAAUGUUUAUUUUCCAGACUGUGACAGUUCACUCCACGGACAUUUGCCUGUUUAGAGUGAAGCACAGGGUGAAAGCUGUGUGUGUGCGAGCCAAGGAUGCUCUGUGUGACUCUCAGUGGAGUGAGUGGAGCCACGUCAGGUUGGUGCCUCUCUCUGGUGUAACAUGGGAUAUUCCCUACGUGCUUACCUGACUUUCCUUCCACCAGAGAGCUCACACACCUUCCAGCUGACUCUCUGCAAGACCUUUCAUAUGAUCACUUCUGCUUUGAGCC